UUCACAGUGGCUGAUUUAACUUCAUGGUACUAAAAAAACAAGACCGAUAUCAUAUAUCCCAAAUGGAAUGGUGCUUUUUAUUGCUGCAUGUGCUGUCUCUGCAUAAUGCCUUCCUCCCUCCCCUGUAAUAAAGUGUGCAUAGGGUUGCAGAUCAGCACUGAUUUGAUUGCUGGCACAGUUAAAACCUUCAUGCUGCAGGACUGGAACGAAAGAUGAAGGAUGCAAACACCCCUGCACUAACGGCUUGCUAUAAUAGACAAAUAUAUCUGGAGCGCAGCCAAUUAGGGGAAGGAAAGAGGAAGCUGGACCCAGCCCUUUUGUUUCUGCUCCAGUGAUUUAUUGACAGUAAUCACUCAGACACUUAAUGGUUAGUUUGAAGUGGAAUUAAUUCCAAUCUGGAUAAAUUAUUCAGUAGGGUUUAUCUAAGCGCAUGUAAGUCAUCAACCUCAGACCGGCAGUGGGAGUGGUCAGGAAAGUGGGUCUGCUGGUGCACUAGGCUAGUGAGACAUUUCUGGUGCUGGGGCUGGAUCCACAGCGAUGAGGUGCAACAGGGUGAGAGGCUUGCAAAGCAGAAGAACAGCAUGCUGAACACUGGAGAGAGUUCAGCCCAGGACUAAGCAUGCUGAGUCCUAAGAUAAAACAAACCAGGAGAGCCAGGUCUAAGAGCAUGGUGAUGGGGCAGAUGUCCAGGAGCUCCAACCGACCCGCUUCACCAGGUUUGCAGGAGCAUGCUGUGAAAGCAGGGUGGCUGAAGAAACAGAGAAGUAUCAUGAAAAACUGGCAGCUGCGAUGGUUUGUGCUCAGGACAGAUCAGCUCUACUUCUACAAAGACGAGGAAGAAACUAAACCACAAGGCUGUAUUCCACUUCAGGGAAGUCAAGUGAAUGAACUGCUAGCCAAUCCAGAGGAGUCAGGCAAACAUGUCUUUGAAAUUGUUUCAGGUGGUGCAGGGGAGCGGGACAGAGCAGCCAUCAAUCAUGAAGCCUUUCUCCUCAUGGCGAACUCCCAGAAUGACAUGGAAGAUUGGGUGAAGGCAAUCCGGCGUGUCAUCUGGGCUCCAUUUGGAGGAGGUAUAUUUGGCCAACGAUUAGAAGACACUGUACAGUAUGAAAAGAAGUUCGGACAGCGACUGGCUCCAUUGAUGGUAGAACAGUGCGUAGAUUUCAUUCGAGAGAGAGGUUUGGAUGAAGAGGGGUUAUUCCGAAUGCCCGGCCAGGCAAAUUUAGUAAAAGAAAUGCAGGAUGCCUUUGAUUGUGGAGACAAGCCUCUUUUUGACAGUAACACUGACGUCCACACAGUCGCGUCCCUGCUAAAGUUAUAUCUUCGAGAGCUGCCAGAGCCUGUUAUUCCCUUUGCCAAGUAUGAAGACUUUCUCUCCUGUGCACAGCUGUUAGCCAAGGAUGAGGCAGAGGGUAUUCAGGAGCUGGUAAACCAAGUGAAAAAUCUUCCUCAGGCCAAUUACAACCUUCUGAAGUAUAUUUGCAAAUUCCUUGACGAAGUCCAGUCCCACUCAAAUGAAAAUAAAAUGAGCGUGCAGAACCUUGCCACAGUUUUUGGGCCAAAUAUUCUACGACCUAAAUUUGAAGACCCAGUGACCAUAAUGGAAGGAACCUCGCUUGUGCAGCAUCUUAUGACAGUGCUUAUCAGCGAACAUGAACGACUUCUCAUCAGUACAGAAACAGAUGCCACUGUAGCCCAGCAAGAAGGGAGACCCCUGUUUCAACACAACAUGGUUGAAUGGAUCUCUGAAGAAUACUUACAGGGAAUCCAGUCAAAGAACAAAAGCGUGAAUCAACCUGAUGAUCUCUGCAGCAGCGCCACAUCACUGGACGUUAACAUCAGCACACCUGUGAUGGUGUCCAAGGUUGCAUCUCAGGGAAAGGGAGCUACACAAAGCCAAGCAGCAACCAGUCCCAGUAAACAGAUGAAGUCCCUUCCAACCUGGAAAUGUUCCUUUAAAAGUUCAGGGGGGAGAUCCAGCAGUGUUAAAUUAGGUGGCUCCUCAGUGGAUAUUCCAAAUUUGUCAUCAAGUGGAAACUGGCUAAUUAAUGGACUUUCAUCCCUCCGUGGCCAUAGAAGGACUUCAUCGGGAGACCGGCUUAAAGACUCAGGCUCCCCCCAAAGACUGUCAACAUACGACAACGUUACUGCAUCCAGCCUGAGUGUACCGACUGUAGCCAGCACAACGUGGUCCACUUCCUCUUGUGAGAUUUCUGUUCAAGACUCUGUCAGUAGCUGCCCUGCCUGCAAUGCGAGUGACUCUUCAGGGCAGAUCUGUGGCAAAGCGGAAUGGUCUACCCAGGCCUCUCAAGGGCAUAGUGACAUCAAAACCUCGGAGUUGGAGAACAGUAGCGAGGGGUUGGAAGUUUGCGUUAGCAGCAUGAGCUGCAGUGAACACAGUAACAUGGUGACUGAGUCAAAUGACUCUCCCAUCUGUUCAAAAGUACUGACAAGCCUGGUUACAGAGCUCAGAGAGGAGCUAGGGAAACAAAAAGUGGAAUACGAGACCAGGAUAAGAAGGCUUGAAGAGUCCAGUGCAGAGCUGCACGUGCAAGUUAAUAGACUUGAGGAGGAACUGGACCAAGAAAAAAAGAAAUAUGCAAUGCUUGAAAUAAAACUUCGAAACUCAGAUCGGGCUCGAGAGGAUGCAGAGAAAAGAAACCAACUCUUGCAAAAAGAAAUGGAAGAUUUUUUUGCUACACUUGGUGAUCUAACUCUUAGAACCAGGACAACAAACAUAUAAUCUGAAAUCCUUGGAACUAAUGAAAUUGAAUUUAUUUCCAUUAUGAACUAUGUAUUUAUAGCACUCUGUACUCAUGUAUCAUGAGUAUUCUGAAGUAAUUCCAGGCUGUCAAUGACUGUUUUAUUGCAGUAACUUAACUUUUGGUUUACCUAUGUUUUAAUAUGGCGCAUAUAUAUAUAUAUAUAUAUAUAU